AUGUCCGGUGGAAGCGGUGUUCCUCUGUCGGAUCGGCUAAACAUGGAGAAAAACAAGCUGGACAAGAGCAUCAGAGACUACCGCAUAUUGCCGCAGUUUUCGAUGGUAACAACAAAUGCUGCUGGACGCACCGCAAUGCAUAAAAUGAACGGAGGCGGUCAUGCUGAAACGAAUGAAGGCGAAUUGAGCCGGAUCUGGCUUACUUUCCAUGCAUUGAAAAGGAUUGCAAGUACAUAG